GACUUUUCCUCGCCGGCGAUUUGGUCUAGUUUUCUUCUCCAUAUUUCAACUGAGCAUACAGAGAUCAAAUACAGGCACUUUCCAUUAUUAUUUGGUGGAUCUUCCAUUGGUUGCACUGAGGCUACUACUGCUCGAAGAUGGCUAAUAACCAUCAGUAUCCUGGCAUUCAGCUCCAUAGAUUUACCCCGAGGCUUGCUCCACCCAUGAACUUUCAGUUUCAUCCUACCAUUCAAGCUCCUCAGUCUGAGCCAGUUGCUCGAUUGUCUUCUCAGAACUUUCAAUGUGUUGGCAGAGGUGGCACAGUAUUGAACAUUGGAUAUCCACCUCAAUCUUAUGCACCUCAGUUAUUACAGUCAAUGCACCAUUCACAUGAAAGACCCAGCCAAUUAAAUCAGGUGCAAGUGCAACAUGUGCCACUUGGACCCCCAACUCUAGUUUCACAGCCAAAUGUGUCAAUUGCUUCUGGUACCUCCUUGCAUCAGCCUUAUGUACAGACUCCAGAUAUUAGUAUGCCUGGCUUUGGUGGCCCUAGGGCACUCUUUUCUUUUCCGAGUGCCACAUCUUACGAAGGUUCAAGGGCACCACCUCAAGUCACUGGACCAAGCAGUCAUAGUCAGGCACAACAUAGAGCAUCUAUCAGCCAGACUACUGCACAAUCUUCUAUCCUGAAUCCGACAUUUGAACAACCAAAGGAAGCUUUUACUAAACCUAUACCUUCUCAAGAGGCUCUAACAGAUUGGGUUGAGCAUACCUCUGCCGAUGGAAGGAAAGAGCAGAUGCAAGAACUGACUGGAAAGAACAUUCAAGUCCUGAUGGAAGAAGUGAGUAUGCAACUAAAGUAUUACUACAAUAAGAUUACGAAGCAAUCAACAUGGACAAUGCCUGACGAAAUGAAGAUUGCGCGUGAACAAGCAGAAAAUGCAUCUCUUCAAGGGCCUCAUGCAGAAGGCAUUAUUGAUGUUUCUAAGGUGCUGACUCGUUCUGAUACUGCAUCAACUGCAGCUCCGACUAGUCUACCAAGCCAAACUUCAACCUCUGAGGGCAGUGAGAAACUAGCUCUUACUUCUGAUUGGAAGCAGCCAGCUUCAGUUCCUGGAAGUUCUUCUCCAGUCGAAAAUGUUGAUCGAGUUCAGAUGAUUGCAGAUAAAACAUCACAAUUGUGUGGUACUUCAGAAACCGAUGGUCCUUCUGUCCCUGUGACUAAAACUUCUGCUGCUACAUGUAGUGGGACUGGGCCAGAAGAAAGCCAAAAACCUAUGGUGGAAAGUGAAAGAGUUGAGAGCCAAACGGAAGAAAAACAAAUUAAUCAAGAGAAUUUUUCCUUUAACAAUAAAUCGGAAGCUGGGGAUGUCUUCAAAUCACUUUUGAAAUCUGCCAAUGUUGGAUCUGACUGGACAUGGGAACAGGCCAUGAGAGAAAUUAUUAAUGACAGACGAUACGGUGCUCUGAGAACACUUGGAGAGCGGAAGCAAGCCUUCAAUGAGGUUACUUCGUUUUAUCACAUACCCUAAACCUAGCAAGAUAAUUUAUCAGAGGAA